CAAACAUUCAGAGGAGUUUUGAUCUGACGAUUUUAUAAUCAAUUUGCUGACUUAAUACCAAAAAAGAAUGUUUCAUCAACCUGGUUAUAUCGAGAAUGUGUCACUAAGACUGUCAGAGGUUCUUGCUGAUAUUGGAGUGGAUGAGAGGAUUGUUCUUAAGAGAAGAAAAACAUUCCUGCUGGGUGAAACUAUGUUUACAAUACCAUACAAAACAGUUGAUGUGCCUGGUUCAUCAUACUUCUUAGGCAGUCAGUGUGAGGGUACUACGACAACGGGACUAGACUCAGAUAUUGACAAUCUUCUCUGUCAUGAUGACUUCAAUAUAAUACAAGACUGGGCUGACUGGGAACCUGGUGUAUACAAUUACUUGAUGAUCCAAGAUGAGACUGUAUCACCCGGCUGUCUGCUUCAAAAUUUGCGAGAUGAUGCUCAUUUUCCAGAAGAUGUACCUAAUGAACACCACUUCAGAGACGGAACAGGAAGAAUAUUGUUAAGGAACACAUCCCUGACUGCAUUAAGAGCCCAGGCUAAUCAAGUAGGAGUAAGACAUGGUCCCGCAUAUGCACAACAAGGGUAUCCUGGGUUUAAGGAUGUAGACAUUGUUGAUGCUUUACCCUGUAGGUCAUGGCCUCUACAAGCUAGGCAAUGGUUAGACCAGCAAGGUGUAGGUCAGUGGCCUUCAGAUCACAUGAAGAGAUACUGCAGAAACACUGGAUGUUUUGUAGUAGCUGUUGGAAGCAAGGACAGUGAAUACGAAGAUCUUGAAUGGAGAAUAUCAACAUCUCUAGCAGAAAGGUGCUUAAUGUUUAAUCUCAGUAUGGCACAGAUUCGCUGUUAUAUUUUGAUGAAGAUGAUACUAAAAACCUUCAUCAAACCACACUUUGAAGACACAAUUUCAAGUUUCAUGUGUAAAACAGUUCUGUUCCACUGUAUAGCAAAUACAUAUUCUUAUGUCUGGAGAGAAAAUAACUUACUUGUUUGUCUGUCAUUGUGUCUACUGGCCCUGUACAACAGUAUUCUCAAUGAAAAUUGUCCUCACUUUAUCAUACCUGGAAACAACUUGAUGAGAGGACAUAUACCUCAUAAAUAUAAACCACACAUUCUUGAAAUACUGCACCAAAUUAUAAACAGUAGAGGAACAUCAUUACUGGGUAUCAAAUGUGAUGAUCUUGGUGAAAGAAUUCAGCUGAAGAUUAGUCAUUUGCCCUCUGUCAAAACAAGUGACUGGAUUUCAGGAGGCUUAUUACUAACAGCUGCAAACUACAUUUACGAUGCUUUAAGCAUUUAUCUAUUUUGGACAAGAAACAGAAGUUAUAAAGUGGCCAUGCAAACAUAUAUUUUCAAACUAGUCUGUAUUUUUUAUCAAUGCCAAGGAGUGGAAAAAACAUUUUGCAGCCUUCUUGCACCACAGUUCUGUACAACUCUUGGAUCUUUGCUUGCAUCCAGCAGCAUUCGACAGUACAAUUCUAUAUCAGCUGAAGCUCUUAACUGGAUCUCACUGGGUCUGAACACAGAUGUCUCUUCUAGUAAACUGAAGCUAGCAUCCAUGUUUUACUGUAUAGGGGAUACUCAAAGAACAGAAACUGUUCUCAGAGGUAUUGAAGCAAAGUAUGAUCUAAACAUCGUUGAGCCUGUUUGUAAGUGUCAUGAUUUCAUCCAUCAACCUCCAAGAAGAGGAUUCAAUGCAAUAUGUGACAAUCAUAAUGAAGAAGCUAUACAGUACACUACAGCAUUCUGUGUCAAAUUUCUGCCAUGUGAAAAAAACUGUGUUCCACAUGAACUAAGAUAUGAAAUGUUUAGAUCUACACAAGAGGAACGUGCUUUCAGAGGGUUAGGAGACUACUGGAUGGACUGGGCUGUGGUAGAUUCCCUCCCUUACCUCUACUUCCUACAAUACAAGACCUACAGCCAUCUUGGAAGACAAGAAGAUAAACAAAGAGCCCUUUCCAAACUUGCCAGGACCAUUGAUCAGGAACCAAACCUUGGUCACAGGGAAACAGCACUGAAUCUACUAGGACAGUGUAUGGAACAAGAGGAACAGACUGUGGUUGCUUUACAUUGUUACUUGUUGUCCCUAAAUCUACGGGAAAGAAACAAUGUUGCCAAGUUUCAUAUCUGCAGACUUUUAUCAAAAAUGGCAAAUAACCUGUAGCCUGAUGGCAGCAAAUGGUUUUGCCUUGGCGACCAGAGCAGACUGCAGACCAAGGUCAGCCUUCACAACUAAUAAAAAAAACAAAAAAGGUCCAUGUAAGGAAGUUCAAGUUGAAAUUCUGUUCAAGUUAUGCAAACUCAUGCAGCCAAUGAAAAUAUUUUACAGGCAUCUUUUACUUAAAUAUUUAUCUUAUCUUUAGAUAUUUACUUUAAAUGUAGAGAAUCCUCAUCAAAUUUAUUCAAUUUUACUUAAUAUUUAAAUUAAUUGUAUACGCAGAGCUACAUUCAUCAUUAAAUGUCAUGCUGUUACAGUCCGUUGUAACAUAAAAAAAAACACCUUCAGUUUUUUUGCAGUAAUACACAUUUAUACUUUGUUUAGCUAUAAUAGGGUGUACUUUUUUAAA